GCGCCGGGGCUGCAAGCAAGUGACGCUGCAGCCGAAUCGCCGGGCCCGCUAGUUCGUCGUCGAAACAAAUGCGCAAGAAAUCCGCGAGCAGCAAACACCUCGUUGUCGCCCCGUCCGCCGCACCACGAUCCAAUUGCCAUGGCGCCCCAGCAGGCCCUCGUCAAUCUCUCGCCCGCUGAGCUGUCCUUUCUGCGCUCCACCCUCUCACAGACGCCGCCCAUCCGCCUCGAUGUCACCAAGGGCCCCCGCGACUUUCGCUCCAUGCGCGCCGAGUAUGACGUACUGCCCAGCGCAAACGGGAGUGCGCGCAUUGCCCUGGAAGACGGCACCGAGGCGCUGGUAGGAGUCAAGGCCGAGGUGGAGAGGUCACGGCAGCGCCCGACCCUGGCCGAGCCUGAGGAUGUAGACAUGGGAGAGGGCGAAGAGACGGACGACAGCAAGGGCAAGGGCCAGAAUGCGUGGGUCGAGAUGAGCGUCGAGGUCCCAGGCUUCCGCGAAGACGACGCCCUGCCAGUGUUCCUGUCUUCCAUGCUCACCGAGAGCUUGCUUGCCAGUGGAGAGCUCAAAGACCGCCUGUACAUCAACAGACGGUUUCACUGGAAGCUCUACGUCGAUAUCCUGCUCCUUUCGCCCCCGCUCUCCUACCCGCUUGCGCUGCUUUCCAUGACCACCCAUCUCGCCCUGCUCACUACCCUCCUACCAGCCCUGAAGUCUGAAAAGGACGAAGAUCCCCUGUUCGACGACGACUGGGAUGCCGCUGUGCCGCUAUACCCCAAGCAGGCGGGUACCAACAAGACUGCUUCCCAGCUAGGGAAGCCCCCAGUCAUUAUACUAGCCAUGGCAGUGGGCUCCAACAUCAUCUUCGAUCCCGCCAAGGAGGAGCUCGCAGUAGCAGAUGCAGUCCUCGCGAUCGCAUGUACAAACUCAACAACCUCGUCUACGGGCGCGCGCAUCGUCUCUAUCCGAACCAUCGAUCCUCCUUCCCACCUUACACCCCCCGGCGUACCCAACUCGAUGAACUCAGCAACAGGCGGCACUGCUCCCACUUCCAGUGCCGAUGCGCUCACUCAAAGGGAACUGUUGGCGACUUCAGGCGUUUGGACACCACCCCGAGGCGGCAUGAAGAGAGGACUGGUCUCACAAGUUACAAAGAUGGUGGUAGAAAACGGAGGAGUCGCUGAAGAGGUCAUUGGUGCAUUGGCUUCAAUCGAGAUCGGCUGAAGAGAGCGUGACGCAUACAUGACAUGCAGCGACCUUUUAUCAAGGACUCGGCUGGCGUUUUUGAGACUUCACGUCCAAAUAGGCUUACCGCGCCGAGGAGUACGUCAAGGUGGAUUCCAGAGGAGUGUUGGAAGAUUUGGCACAGUAGUCGUCUC